AUGCCUUCGGCCCAAGGAUUUAUCAAGGGCAUUGCCGGAGGGAACAAGUUCACUUCGACAUUCAUCAUCGAUGAUAUCCAGUACCACUUCAGUGGAAGCUUCAGUCCGGCCGUUCAAGAGUUUGUCUCCAACUCAGCGAGGCUGGAAUAUGAGUCACUCGGGAGUUUGACCAGCAAUCGCGAUUUUAAUGGCAAGGUCGGAACUCAAUCCGUCACCCUCGAAGUUGCCGAUGGUCCUAAGAUCACUGGCAAACUCGAACUACCAAUCAGUCCCGCGUCUCGGGUGUCUGGAACCGGGACUUGGAACCAGGACUAG